AUGGGGCUGCAUUUUACACUCUUGCUGGCAGCUCUUGCCAACUGCCUGUGUCCAGCGAGGCCCUGCAUCGUAUGCGACCCAUUUGUGGUGGCUGCGCUAAAGACUAUGGAGCAGAAUUACCUGCCUGACCACCUGGAUCCCAAGCACCAUCUAAACUUUUUGAAGAGGGUACAGCUGGAAGUGAAGAGCUUCUCGGAACUGCCUAUAAAUAAAGAUACCUUUUUGGGGGUCGUGGAUCAGGACACACUGGAACAAGCAUCCUGGAGUUUUCUGAAGGAUCUGAAACGUAUCACAGACAGUGAUGUAAAAGGAGAGCUCUUUGUAAAGGAAAUACUUUGGAUGCUUAGUCUGCAAAGGGAUAUCUUUGCCACCCUUGCUGCACGUUUCCAAAAGGAAGUUUUUUGUCCCAACAAAUGCGGCAUCAUGUCACAGACUCUGAUCUGGUGUCAACUGUGCGAGAAGCAGAUAUACUUUUGUCGGAAAUCCAAGGAUUGUGGAGAGCGCCAGAUAGAGGUGCAUAGCUUGGAAGACCUGGUCCUGGACUGUCAGCUCAGUUGGCAUCAUGCUUCUGAGGGACUUACGGAUUACAGUUUUUACAGGGUUUGGGAGAACAGUUCUGAGACCUUGAUGUCCAAGGGGAAAGAACCUUACCUGACCAAGACGAUGGUGGGUCCAGAGGAUGCUGGCAACUACCGCUGUGAGCUGGACACCGUCCAUGGGGAACCUGCCACCAUUAUCUACUAUCAUGUCACAGUACUGCCCCCAAGGCCUGCAGAGGAAAAACCACCACCGAACGUCGUAACCCAGGAGGAGCAAGAGACUCCCCCUGUUCAGGUGACUGCACCAACAGGGGAGCCGCCGGAGUCGGGGCCGGAACUGCCGCCGCCAGAGCUGCCGCCACCGCUACCGCCGCCGCUGUCGGAGCCGGAGCCGGAGCUCAUACCUAUAAUCCCCCAGCGUCCAGAGAAAAAACUGAAAAACCGCCUCUUAAUACUGUUGACCCUUGGCCUCGUAGUUCUUGUGGCCAGCAUCGUUGUCUCGGUACUUCACUUUAAAAAAAUCAGAGCUAAAUGGAUGAACUCAAGUGGGGCCACCAAACCCUCCACGGCAGAAUCGAAGAUAGAGCCUGAGAAGUCCCUACAGACGGGAUCGAGGAAGCACUCUCAGGCAGAGACUGACUCUGGGGAUAGGGAUGAGGAAGCAGAAAACGAAUAA